AUGAGACUUAAAUUAAUUAUCCAUUAUCAGAAUAAUUCAACAGAUAAUAUUUUGCUUUUUAGCAAGCCUAAUUAGACUAUUGAAGAUUUAUGUAAUUAUUUAUCAAAGACUUGCCAUUUACAAAACCCAUAAAUCAUUAUUGAGGGCUUUAGAGCAUUGAAUGAUUAACUUGUUGAAAAUUUAGUAAUUGAUGGCUAAAUUCUUCAGUAUUAUUAUUAGAAUAUUAUAGGGUUGUUGAAGUGAUUGGAUCACAAACUAAAAUGGCUUAAAAAGACACAAAACUAAAGUAGAAGCAAAUAAAUUAAGUAAAUAUAUAUAUAAAUUUUAAUAUUUAGAUUUAAGAUAGCAGCAGUGAAGAAGAUGUAAAAUAAGUUAAAAUUAAAUAAUCUUUUACUCAAAAUCAAAAUUCAAAGCCAUAACAAAUAAAAUCAAAUUUAAUUGUUUAACCUCAUUAAUUUUAGCAGAAAUCCACAUAAAAAAAUGAAUAAAAAAUGAAACCAAAAAUAAACCAAAUAGUUUCAGAAUCAGAGUCAUCUUCAGAAGAUGUACCUAUUAAGAAAUCAUAGCCAGCAAAUAAAAUAUUAAUAAAUAUUUUAUCUCCAGAGGAGGAGUUAAAAAAUAAAUAAGAAGAAUGGAAAAAAACAUUUACUAAAAGUUCCUAGAAAUAACCAGAUUAGCAAAUAUCUUAAUAACCAAAAUCCAAUAUAAAAUUUAAUCCUAUCUAAUAAAAUCCACCACAAAUUUCUUAAAAUUAAACUAAAGAUAAAAUAAUACAAUAAGUAAGUUCAAUUAAACCUACUACAAAACUAAAUGAAUUUAUCAAACUUCCUGUAUAAACUUUAAAAGAUGACCCUACUUUAAUUGAAAAAAAUGAUGAAGUACUUUUUAAGUACAGUUAUCUAGAUGUUGAAAAAUGCGAACCUACCGUGAGCAAUUUAUUAAAUGGUAUAAUUGAGGAAAACUCUUAAUCAGGAAAAAAACUAAUAAUCUUAACAAAAAGAAAUGAGAAGUUGUCAAUUUAUUAUAGUGAGAUUUAAGAGUUGUAAAUUAAUGUAGCAACAAUUUAAUCAUAAGCUAGAAAAGCAGCCAUAAGAGUUUUAUCUCAAGAUGUUGAUGCUAAAUAGUAAUAAUAAUAAUCAUAAUAAUAAUAAUAAUAAUAAUCAUAAUAAGAAAAUUAAUAAUAAAAAGUAUUAACCUAAUCAGAUACUAAUUCAACAAAAAUUCCAUAAUAAUUAAAAGAUGUUAUAGAUCCAUUUGGGAUUGGCUAAUAAAUUAAUUAUUAUUAUAGUGAUAAAAACUAUUCAAAGGAUGAUUUUAUUUUAUAACACUCUGCUUAAGAUUCAGAGAAAUGUAUUAUAUAUUUAAAUUUUUAGAUAUGCAAAUGAAGUUGUUGUUGAACUUUCCAAAAGUAAAAUCAAAAAUUAAAAGUGAAGAUGAAUUAUUUGAUAUUAUAGAUUUAUUUUUAAGAAAAACUAAAUAAGAUUUGGUGAAUUUUGAAUUAAAGAAAAAUAAUGAUGGCUUGUGGAUGAUAAGAAAAAAGUAGAUUGCCUGAGAAUUUAUA